CAACCUAGAUUAUUCUAUCUGUAUCCUAGAUUGGUAGUGGGAAUAUAGCAGGAACUAACCAUCUAUCUAACCUAGAUUAUUCUGCCUGUAUCAGGAUGUCAUCAGGAUAUUGCGGAAUACGAUGGUCCCAAUAUCCCAGUGAUAGUGUAUCCUUUACUCUUAGUGGAGAUAGUAGUAUUCUGACUACCACUUCUCCGCAGAAAGUACAGGAUGUAAAGUACGGGGAUACUGCGUGUGUGUACGAUUAUGUACGGAUACCAGGUGGAAGUGAGGAUGGGUCAACUCACACCUCCAGGGAAAGAUUUUGUGGGUUGGCUCUAGGAUUUUGCCGGGUGCAGACUGGGAAAACUGUUGAUUGUGCUGCUGCACUGGGAUCUGUUAUAUCAUACAGCAAACCCUUCCUGCUAGGCGUAGUUACUGAUGGAGAGGAGGGUGGUCCAACUACUGCAAACAAUUCACCUCAGGAUAAAGGAAAUCGUGGUUUUAAGCUUGUAUAUAACCAACAGCCCUGUAUGACUGGAUGAUAGCUUUUAUGUUCAAAUUAUAACAAAUAAUGACAAAUAAAUAUUUAAUGAAUUGUAUAAAGUUUUGUCAUAAUAUAAGACGACAUUUAA